AUGAUAUCUUUCCUAGAAAUUGAGAUAAUUAAGGUCAAAGCAGCUCCAACCUCUGGGCGCGGCGUCCGAAAGAGGGGGAGGAUCGCCGAAUCUCACUCCGGCGAGUUAUGGCGUGGAAAGUGGCAAGGCAACGACAUCGUGGCUCGUAUUCUGAAUGUCCAAGAAGUGACCGCCCGUAUUUCUCGCGACUUCCAAACCGAAUUCCCGGCUCUUCGAAUUUUCGCUCAUCCAAAUAUUUGCGCGGUUUUGGCCGCGGCCAAUCAACCGCCAAAUUUGGUGGUCAUUUCCCAGUAUAUGCCAUUUGGAAGCCUGUAUAAUGUACUUCACGAACAGAGUUCUGUGGUUAUCGAUCACGGUCAAGCGGUUCGUUUCGCGUUGGAUAUUGCCAGAGGAAUGAGUUAUUUGCACAGUUUAGACCCGAUGAUUUUGAGGUUCUACCUCUCCUCAAAACAUGUCGUUGUUGAUGAGGAACUAACCGCAAAACUCUCAAUGGCCGACACCAAAUUCUCAUUCCAAGAAAUCGGCAAAUCCUACUCACCAGCGUGGAUGUCUCCAGAAGCGUUGACACGUGCACCAGAAGACUUGAAUAUUCGGGCGGCCGAUAUGUGGUCGUUCGCUGUGUUAUUGUGGGAAUUGAACACCCGAGAGGUUCCGUUCUCCGAUUUGGCACCAAUGGAGUGCGGAAUGAAGAUCGCUCUGGAAGGCCUGCGAGUACAAAUACCGCCUGGCAUCGCCCGAAACAUGAAUCGUUUAAUGAAUAUCUGUAUGAAUGAGGAUCCGGGACGUCGUCCGAACUUUGAUCAAAUCAUUCCGAUUCUCGAGAAAAUGACUUUAUAA